AUGGGCCUUCUGGAAAUAGCAUACAAAUACGAACAAUCUCUUUUUGAAAGACACGAUGAGAAAGAUGGGACACCUCUUUCCACUGCAGCAAGCAUAGGCUAUCUUGAUGGGGUUCGCUUCAUAGUACAGAAAUUUCCUAAUCACGCAUAUGACAGAGGCCCAUUAGGUUGCUGUCCCAUUCACAGGGCAGCCAGGAAAGGCCACGUAAAAGUCAUCAGAGAGUUUCUACGACUUUGCCCUGAUUCAGGAGAGCUACUCAACUGGUCCUGUCAAAACAUCCUUCAUAUGGCCGCCGAGAGUGGCAGAGCUAACGUUGUUAUGUUUAUUCUCCAAGUGCCGCAUCUUGAGAUGCUUAUCAAUGAAACGGAUCAAUUAGGAAAUACCCCACUACAUUUGGCCACCACUGCUGCUUGUUUUAAGGUUGUAGAAAUACUCACACGGGACAAAAGAGUUCUUUUAGACCUAGAGGAUAAUAAAGGCCACACAGUCGUGGAUGCUGCACAGAGGUCCUCCAAUGCUGAUUCCCCAUCUGUUCGACAGUGUGCGCUCGCGCAGGCGGAACUAUAA